AUGUUCCAGGUUACAUUUAGUGAUGUGGCCAUAGACUUCUCUCAUGAAGAGUGGGGAUGGUUAGAUUCUGUUCAGAGGGAUUUAUAUAAGGAUGUGAUGAUCCAGAAUUAUGAGAACCUGAUCUCUCUAGGUCUUUCGAUACCUAAGCCAUAUGUGAUCACUUUAUUGGAGGAUGGGAAAGAACCUUGUAUGGUGGAGAAAAAACUGAGAAAAGAUUGGAAAUUAAGAUGGGAAAACAAAGAAUUAUCAGCAAAGGAGAAUAUUUAUGAGGAUGACUCACCUGAAACGAGAAUUUCUGCUGAAGGGAAAUCACAUAAAUAUGAUAUAUUUAAGAAGAGCUUACCAAAAAAGUCAUUUAUAAAAAAUGAGAAUAUCAAUGGUGGAAAGAAACUUUCGGAUUCUAAUGAAAGUGUGGCAGCCGUCAGCCAGAGCAAAUCUCUUACCCUUCACCAGACUUAUAAUAGAGAGAAAAUCUAUAAAUGCAGUGAAUGUGGGAAAGCCUUUGGCAAACAAUCAAUUCUUAAUCGCCACUGGAGAAUUCAUACAGGAGAGAAACCUUAUGAAUGUCAUGAAUGUGGGAAGACUUUUAGUCAUGGCUCAUCCCUUACUCGCCAUCAGAUAAGCCAUAGUGGUGAGAAACCUUACAAAUGUAUUGACUGUGGGAAGGCCUUUAGCCAUGUCUCAUCACUUACUAAUCAUCAAAGCAUCCACACUGGAGAGAAACCAUAUGAAUGUAUGAACUGUGGAAAGUCUUUUAGUCGUGUUUCACAUCUCAUUGAGCAUCUGAGAAUUCAUACUCAAGAAAAGCUUUAUGAGUGUCAAAUAUGUGAGAAGGCCUUCAUUCAUAGGUCAUCUCUCAUUCACCAUCAGAAAAUUCAUACUGGAGAGAAACCUUAUGAAUGUAGUGAAUGUGGAAAAGCCUUUUGCUGUAGCUCACACCUUACGCGACAUCAAAGAAUUCACACUAUAGAGAAACAAUUUGAAUGCAGCAAAUGUCUGAAAGUCUUCAGUAGCCUCUCAUUUCUUAUUCAGCAUAAGAGUAUUCAUACUGAAGAAAAGCCAUUUGAAUGUCAGAAAUGCAGGAAAUCCUUCAACCAGCCUGAAUCACUGAAUAUGCAUUUGAGAAAUCACAUUAGAUUGAAACCUUAUGAAUGCAAUAUAUGUGGGAAAGCCUUCAGUCAUAGGUCAUCCCUGCUUCAACAUCACAGAAUUCAUACUGGAGAGAAACCUUAUGAAUGUAUUAAAUGUGGGAAGACCUUCAGUUGUAGUUCAAACCUUACUGUACAUCAGAGAAUUCAUACUGGAGAAAAGCCAUAUAAAUGUAAUGAAUGUGGGAAAGCUUUUAGCAAAGGCUCAAAUCUUACUGCCCAUCAGAGGAUACACAAUGGAAGGAAGCUCAGUAGUGCUCUAAGUGUGGGAAAACCUUUAGACUACGUAAAUCACUAUAUGUGUGAAAAAUCAUAUAUGAGAGAAACUGUAUGA